AUGGAAGCAACUCAGGAGUCUACUCAGCCAUGUGCCGAUCCCCGUCGCAUGGGUAUGCAAAAUUCUGGCCUUCAAGAAGACGACCUCGCAGAUAUCAUCUGUAUUCUCCACCCAAACUCACAUUGUACCCUCGAUGUAGUAGCUGCAACAGCAGCUGCUUACCCCCAGCAUAUUCUUCAAAAAGACGUGGUCGAAUCCAAAACAGCGGCGCUAGAUGUGGCUCUGAGAUUGUCGUCGUCAGUGCACGACGUCAAUUUAGGAUUUUGCUUCGGUCGCAAUCGAGACCGUUGCGAUGUCCUUCUAUCGACAGACGACCGUGCCAAGCGCAUCUCCAACUGUCAUUUUCGAAUUUACUUGACAAGCGACGGCAUCAUUAUGUUGCAGGACGUGUCAACUAAUGGCACCAUUGUAGACAACCACCGCCUACGCAAGACUCAAAAGGACAACAGCCGUAUGCUCACCAACGGCUCUGUCAUCCAAGUGGUCACCGGCAGAGAAGGCCAGGACGAGCUGCGCUUUGUUGUGCGUAUCCCAUCACGCGAAGGCUUCGCCAGACAGUACACUCAAAACAUCCUACAAUAUUUCGAGUGUAUUCAGCGUGCCGUAACAGGUGCCCAGCAAAAAAACCGACAGGCCUCGGCCUCCGUUAUGCCAUGGUCGGUCUCCAAUGCUUAUGGCAUGCAUUGGACGGGUGGCUCGACGUAUAACGUAACCGGCCAAAUUGGAAAGGGCGCGUUCGCAACCGUGUACAAGCUAGCCACCAAGCAGCAUGGUGCCAUAUUUGCCGCAAAAGAGCUAGACAAACGGAGAUUCAUGAAGAAUGGCAUUUUGGACCAAAAAGUCGAUAACGAGAUGAAGAUUAUGAGAGAUUUGCACCAUCCCAACAUCGUCCAAUUCAUAGACUAUCAUGAACAUGACCGGUGGAUCUACAUCAUCAUGGAGUACGUUCCCGGCGGAGAGCUGUCCACUUGGCUUUCGACUGCUGGAAAGAUUCCGGAGGAGAUGGUCCAAACCAUUACUCGCCAACUUUUGCGAGCCCUGCACUAUCUUCAUGCCCGCAGGAUUACCCAUCGUGAUGUCAAGCCGGAUAAUAUCUUGAUAGCCUCUCUUGACCCGCUUCGUGUUAAGCUCUCCGACUUUGGGUUGUCAAAAGUCACUCAAGAAGAAUCUUUCCUCAAGACAUUCUGUGGCACACUCUUGUACUGUGCACCAGAAGUCUACCCAGACUAUGAUACGUACCGGCGUGGCGAGGCCAGGAAAAGACGCCGUGUAGGAGACCCACCUGCGAAACCAUCGCCAUACAGUCAAGCCGUAGACAUGUGGUCCCUCGGCGCUGUUCUCUACCAUAUUUUGUGUGGAGUCCCGCCAUAUUCAGGCCAUUCCGAGGAUCGCGGCGCGCAUAUGCUACGUAGCAUCAUGACUGCGGACGCAGACUUCGGGCUUCUGCGCAAAGCAGGCAUAUCCGAGGCAGGUAUUGAUUUCAUUACCCGUCUUUUGAAUCGCGACCCCUCCGCGCGCCCAACCGAAAGAGAAUGUUUUCAACACCAGUGGAUUGCCAACGUGGUGGACGUAGAUGAUUACGAAGACAGUGACAUCGUGUCCGAAGCGCAUGAUCAUCUUUCAGUCAUUGGAGAGGAUGCUGAGGAUGAACUCGAUGCCUCUCAACUCUCCAUCCAUGACAGUGCCUUUGCGCACACAUGUGAACCCGAUGAUUCGGGCAGCAGCGAGACGCUCUCUAAGAGACCGCGAAUCGAUGAUAUCCCGGCAAGCAUUCGAUAUCCGUCUCUUCCACAGAUUGAAAGCUUUCAGGAUGCUCAAGUAGUUGCCGAUAAUCAGGCACGACGACGGCUAUUUGGUGAAGUCACGUCCUCAGCUCUGCUAAAUUCUCGUCAGUUUGACGCCUGGGCUUCCAACAUUGAUGAAGUUGGGGGUAUUAUUUCUUCCGGUGAGUCGAUGAGCGAUGCACACAGCGUCCAUUCGAUCAUCUCCCUCCCGGAAAAUCCCUUUGGCGGCACUGCACCAAGCUUGAUGGGAGCGGAGAAUCUCGUUGGACGGCUGAACAUGCACUCUUCGAAUCCUUUCUUUUCCCCUCCGAACCACCCUGUUAACGAGAAUUCACCACGGAAGACCAUACCUGGACAUCAAAAGGAACCCGUGGAUGAUACAGGUAGCCCGCCCCGGGAUGAUAACAUUCCACCCACUUCCAGUGCCUAUGACACGACUCCGAAAGCACGAAAGACCAAACCCUAUCGAAAUAUUGAACCGGAGAUACCGGAGACAGCCAGCGAGCGGUCCAGCGGUAAGAGUGCACAACCUAGCCGUCACGGUUCCUCAAAAUUUGGUGGUGAUGGGGGGUAUGACAUUGAAUUUGCAACUACCCUCGAUGCUCAGACGGGCCAGGUAGUCCUUAAUCAACUCCGCGAGAGUAGGAUCGAGCCGUCUGAGCCGAUAGUUCACCAGCCCGACCUACCUUCUGCCUCGACCAGCGUGUACGAUGGCGAAUUCGCCAAACCAUCCAAGCUUCUAGGUCGACUUAAGAGUGUCCCAGGUUCCAUCUUGGAUGUGAACAUACGAAUUGACCGUCGCUGGACUUCGUGGGGUCGCGGAAUGAACAACACUUAUCGACACGAAAACAUCAUGGACAGCCGUAUUCCGGUCUACGCUCUUGAAAUCACUUUCUGGGCCGCUGGGAUCGAGCCUCUCGUUGCCAAGGGACAUGACUGGAUGCAUGUCCCCGGUUUGUGCGCUGUAAUCUCUACCAAAGCGCGCAAAUGCAUCUGGGUUAAUGGUGUUGAGCUACGGCGCGGUCGGGACGAGGGGUCUCAUCACGCUUUUCCAUAUGGCAAGUUGUACACUGGUGACAUCAUAACCAUCUAUGAGCGCCAAGGGGUGUAUUUGAGUUUCGAAUGUGAAUUCUUCCAUUCGGAUAGUGUCAGAACUCGACCAGCGGACGAGCCCAAAUUUGAAAUACAGGACUCGAUUAUCAAGAAAGCAUCAAGUCUACCUAAAAAAUGA